AUGCUGCUUGUUAGAUUGUGUAGCGGCGGCGUUGUUGGUUUCGAACUUGCCCAAGGCUACCGACGUCUGGUCACUGCGAUAUUCAUCUGGGCUGACCACCAAAUCAAUUUCUAUUUUUUAAUAAAUUUUAUCCGAUCAAAAUCGAAGCAAAGUCCUUGGAGCUCAUCCCGCGCUACUGACAAAAUGAAUCCUACAGAGAAGGAGAAAGACCACUGGGCGAAUAAGCUACUUCACACGUCCGGUAUUGGCAUCGGACACGGCACCGGCAGAGUCUAUCCAAGGUAUGUUUAG